AUCCACAAUCAUCCACUAUCAUUCACUGUCAUCCAUAGUCAUCCAUUGUUAUCGAUAGGCAUCCAUAAUCAUCAAUAUUCAUCCAUAAUCAUCAAUAUUCAUCCAUAUUCAUCCAUAGUCAUCCACUGUCAUCCAUAGUCAUAUAUAAUAAACACUGUAAUUUGCUCUGAUCCGCUGUAAUCCGUUGUCAUCUGCAGUUAUCUGCUGUAAUCAAUAAUGAUCCACAGUCAUUCAUUGUUAUCCAUAGUCAUCCAUAGUCAUCCAUAAGCAUUAAAAAGACAUACACUGUUAUCUGCUGUCAUCCACUGUAAUCCGCUGUCAUCAGCUGUCAUCCUUGGGAAUCCACAACAAUCCACACAUAUCCAUAGUUAUUUAUAGUCAUCCAUAACCAUCCACUGUCAUCCGCAGUCAUACAAAUUCAUCAGUAGCUCAUCCGCCGCCUUCCACUGUCAUUCACACUCAUCCACUCUGAUUAAUUGCCUUCAAUAGUCAUCCGCUGUCAUCGACAGUCAUCCACAAUCAUCGCAGUCUUCAACUGUCAUCCAAUGUCAUCAAUUGUCUUCAAUGGUUAUCCAAAAUCAUCCUUAGUCAUUCAUUGUAUUCGAUAGUCAUCAACUGUCAUCCGCCGUCAUCCAUUGUCAUCACUCUGUUUCACUCUAAUCCGCUGUCAUCCAUAAUCCUCCAAAGCAAUCAAUAGUAAUAAAUGGUCAUCCAAAUUCUUCCAUAAUAAUCCAUUGUCAUUAAUAAUAACCCAUAGUCAUCAAUUGUCCUUCAUAGUCAUCCAUAAUCAUCCGUAUUCAUUCAAUUUCUUCAAUUUUCAUCAUGUUUAUCCAUUAUAUUUUAUGGUCAUCCGCUAUCAUCCACAGUAAUCAACUGUCAUUCACUGUUAUCCACUUUCAUACACUGUCAUCCAUUGUUGUCCAAUGUCAUCCAAACCAUUUACUGUCUUCCAUAGUCAUCCAUAGCCAUCCAAAUUCACCCAUAGUCAGCCAUAGUCAUCCAUAGUCAUCCAUAAUCAUCCAUAGUCAUAUAUAUAGUUAUACAUAGUCAUAAAUAGUCAUCCAUAGUCAUUUAUGAUCAUCCAUAGAAAUCCAUAGUCAUCCAUUGUCAUCAGCUGUCAUCCGCUGUCAUCCACUAUCACCCAAUCCGCUCAACUAUCAUAAAUUUUCAUCCAUUUUCAACCAUAGUCAUACAUAGUUAUCCAUAGUGAUCCACUGUCAUCCAUAGCUAUCCAUAGCCGACCAAGUCAUCAGCAGGCAUUCGCUGUGAUCCAUUGUCAUCCACUCUCAUCCAAUAUCAUUCAUAAGUCAUCAAUAAUAAUAUUUGGUCAUCCAUACUCAUCAAUAUGUAUCCAUUGCCAUCGAUAGUCAUCCGUAGUCAUACAUAGUCAUCUAUAGUUAUUUAUUUUUAUCCAUUCUCAAAAACUGUCAUCCAAUGUCAUCCAUUGUCAUUUGCUGUCAUCCAUUGUCAUCAACUAACAUACACGGUCAUCUAUUGUCAUCCAUUGUUAUCCAAUAUCAUUCAUAGCUAGUCAAUUGUCUCCCAUAACCAUCCAUAGCAAUCCAGAUAAUCUAAUGUCAUCCAUAGUCAUCUAUAGUUUUCCAUAAUCAACCGCAGCCAUCAAUUGUCAUCAAAAUUCAUCCAUAGACAUCCAUAUUCAACCAUUGUCAUCCUUAGUCAUCUAUUGUCAUCCAUAGUCAUCCGCUGUAAUAGACUGUCAUCUACAGUCAUCCACUAAAUCCACUGUCAUCCAUAGUCAUCCAUAGGCAUCCUUGGUCAUUCGUAAUCAUCAAUAGUAAUCAAUAGUCAUCCACUAUCAUUCGCUCUCAUCCGCUGUCAUCCAUAGUGACCCAAAAUCAACCGUAGUCAUACAUAGUCAUACAUUAUCAUACAUAGUCAUCCAUUAUCAUCAAUUGUUAUUCAUUAUAAUCCAUCUUCAACCAUUUUCAUCCGUAGUGAUUUGAUGUAUCCAUUUUUAUCCAAUGUCAUCCAUAGCUAGUCAUUGUCUUCCAUACCCAUCCAUAGCAAUUCAUAUAAUCUUUUGUUAUCCAUUGUCAUCUAUGAUCGUCCAUAAUCAUCCACAGUCAUCAAUUGUCAUCAAAUUUGAACCAUAGUCAUCCAUAGUCAUUCACUGUCAUCCGUUGUUAUCCGGUGUCAUCCAUAUUGAUGCACAGUCAUUCAUAGUUAUCAAUAGUCAUCCAUAGUCAUCAAUAGUCAUCCGGAUUUAUCCACUGAUAUCCACUCUGUUCAACUCUCUUCCGCUGUCAUCCAUAUUCAUACUCUGUCAUCGAUGGUCAUUUCAGUCAUCCACAAUCAUCAACUGUCAUUCACCGUUACCACUAUUAUCCAUUGUCAUCCAAUAACAUCUAUAGUCAUCCAUAGUCAUCCAUAGUCAUCCAUAUUCAUCCAUUGCAAAUCAUUAUCAUCGAUUGUUAUCCAUUGUCAUCCAUGGUCUCCCAUCACCAUCCACUGUUAUCCACUGUUAUCUAAGGUUAACCAAUGUGAUCCACUGCCUUCCAAUGUUAUCCACGGUCAUUUGCUGUCAUCCAUUGCCGUCCAUUGUCAACUAAUGCCAGUCAUUGUCGUCCAAUGUUUUCCAUAGACAGCCAUAGUCAUACAUAGUUCCAUAAACAUCCAUCAUCAUCCAUAAUCAUCAAUUGUAUUCUAUAAUCAUCCAUAGUCAUCUAGAGUCAUCCAGAGUCAUCAAUAUUCAUCAUAGUCAUCUAUAAUCAUCCAUAGUCAUACAUAGUCAUCAAAAAUCAUCCAUAAUGAUCCAGAGUCAUCCACAGUCAUUCAUAUUCAUCCAUAUACAUCCAUAGACAACCAAGUUAUCCAUAUACAUCCAUAGUUUUCCAUUGUCGUCAGCUGUCACCUGCUGUCAUCCACUGUCAUCAACUUGCAUCCAUUGUCAUCAAUUGCCAUCCAUGGUCAUCCAUAGUCAUCCCUAGUUAUCCAUGGUGAUUUAUAGUCGUCAAUAGUCAUCAAUAGACAUCCACUGUCAAACAUAGUCAACCACUUGCAUCCAAUGACAUAAGCUGUCAUCCGCUAUCAUCUGCUGUCAUCCAUGGUGACUCAGUGUCAUCUAUUGUUAUAGAUAGUCAUGUAAAUUAACCCUCAGCUUAUUCGCUGUCUUCAACUGUCAUCCAGUGUCAUCUUUUGUAUUCCAUAGUCAUCCGUAUUUAUCCAGUCAUCCAUUCCCAUCCUUUGUAAUCCAUUGUCAUCCAUUCUCAAAGCUGUCAUCCACUGUCAUCCACCGUUAUUUUUUGUUAUCCGUUCUCAUCCAUUGUAAUCCAUAGUCAUUUGCUGUCAUCCAUUCACAUCAAUUGUCAUCAACUAUCAUGCACUGACAUCCAUUAUCAUCCAAUUUUAUCCAUUGUCAACUAUGGCCAGUCAUUGUUGUCCAUUGUUAUAAAUAUACAUCCAUAGACAACCAUAGUCAUCUAUAGUGAUCCUAAAUCAUCCAUAGGAAUCCAUUAUCAUCCAUAGUCACCCAUAGUCACCCAUAGUCAUCCACAGUCAUCCAAAGUCAUCAAUCGGCAUCUACUGUCAUCAAUUGUCAUACAUUUAUAGCAAUAGCCAUUAAAAGUUAUCCAUAGUCAACCAUAGACUUCCAUAAUUCUCUACAGUCAUCCACUGUCAUCCAUAGUCAUCCACUGUCAUUCAAUGACAUAAGCUGUCAUUUCCUUUCAUUCGCUGUCAUCCUUAUUGAUCCACAGACAUUUAUAGGUAUCCAUAGUCAUCCGUAGUCAUACAAAGUCAUUCAGCAUCAUCCAUUGUUAUCCAUUCUCAUAGAAUGUUAUUCAAUGCAAUCCAUUGUCAUCCAUAAUAAUUUGCUGAUAUUUUCUGUCAUAUUUUGCCCUCAACUUUCAUCCACUGUCAUCCAUUCAUUCAUUGUCAUCCAAUUGUAUCAAUUUUCAUCCAUAGUAAUCCAUAGCCAUAAAUAGUGAUCUAUAGCCAUCCAUAGUCAUCCUCUGUCAUCUGCUGUCAUCCAUGGGGAACAACAACCAUCAAUAGUUAUCAAUAGUCAUUCAUGGUCAUACAUAGUCAUUAAAUGUUUACCGCAGUCAUCCGCAUUAAUCCGCUUUCUUCAACUGGCAUCCACUGUCAUCCACAGUCAUCCAUUGUCAUCCAUAGCUAUCCGCUGUCAAAUACUGUCAUCUACAUUCAUUCACUGUCAUCAAUUUUCAUCCAUUGUCAUCCAUUGUCUUUCAUAG